GUACUUUCUUUGUUUACAUUAGUGUAAAAGUUACAGUGAAUACAACAUGGAUCCACCAAAUGGACAGUUUUGUAAAGGGUGUUCAUAUUUAAUGACAGCCAUCAUAUCGAUAAUCCUAAUAGUCAGUUAUACCAUUUAUGUCAUUGCAAGAGCGUCAAAUGGUGCAAGUUUCACGAAAGGAGACAUUGUCUGUGCAGCCAUUUUAAUAAGUUUUGGAACAGUAAUUUUGAUUGUUAUGUUAAUUUGCUUAUGUCUUGAGACGCAAUACUGUCAACAGAAGCAUGAACGAGUUAUUACUGUUCCAAGUAGAAGGAUGAAGCGUGUUCCGAAAGUUUCUGGUGAUGACUGUGCAAUAUGCUUAGAUGAGAAGAAUUCAACGAUGACGACCAUUGUUGGUCUUUCGUGCAGGCACACAUUCCAUAAAUCUUGCGUUAAAGAAUGGAUGAUACAUAAAAGUCCUCUAACAUGUCCGGAAUGUCGACAGCCAUCAAAGAAAUUUUCUUCAAAGACAAUGGUUUCUGACUUAAUAUCUACACUGACAGCUAAAAAGAAGAGAGAGAAGACAUCACCAAUGACAUAUGUAUAGCAGAAAUACUGUUAUACGAAUAAUAUCAUACCGACAGUCUUUCAGGGACCAUUUUAUUGUGUUGCUUUGUAAAAUCAUAUGAGUAAAAAGAAUGACUGACUAUUGUUAUAAAUGCAUAUAUGAUUGUGUUAACAUAUUUUUGAAUUAUUUACCAAAUAAAACAUACCAUUGUAUAAGCUAUUAAACUAUACAAUAUCAGCUUUCCAUAACAGCCAUGAUGAAAUGAUAUGUAUAUAUGUUUCCUGUAAAGAGUGAUUUAAUGUGAUUUGAGUGGAAAUAAAUGAGAUAAUAUUGAAUGUUUUUUUUACAAGUAUGAAUGUGUCUUAACCACAAAUGAAUCACUAGAAUACUAUUGAAUGCAUGUGAAAAAAUAAGUUUUGUCUUUUUUGGUAAUAGAAACAUGUUUUUGUAUGUAUCGAUAAAUAGUUACUUCAUUUUCUAUGUCUUACUUACGUUUCUGUUAACACAUAGAUCAAAGGUUUUUGUAACCUGCCUCCGUAUAAUAUCUUUUUUCAUAUCUCAUAAAUUUUAUUAGUAAACUUAAAUGAUACAUACAUUUUGUAAGCAAUGUGAUCUCAUUGUUCCUGUGCAAUAUAUAAACCUAGUGAUUCUGUAAAUGAGUAGAGUUUUAUACAUUUUUUACAGACAUCUAUUUGAAUUGUACCAUAAACGUUCGAUUCAAGUCAUAAUAUCAGUUAUUUUUCUGCAAUCCUGUUUCUUGUAAUAAAAUAACUGAAUUGUGUGCGAUAUUCUUUAAAUCCUUAUUUCUUCAAAGAUACUGAUUUCAUUUUAUAACAUGACAUUUAAAAUUAUGUAUAUUAUUAUGGCAUAGAAAUUAUAAACAGUAUCAUUGACCGUAUUGUUUUGUAUUUGUUGUUGUUACUUAGUAGUUUGUUUUAAAAUUCACCCAAGUACUUCAGGUACAUGUAUCGGAAACAUAGCAUAAUUAAAACAAAAUACUGACUAUAAUUCAAGAUUGAUUUUUCCUUAUUUGGCUAUAAUUCUAUUUGUUUAGAAAAUUAUAAUUCCAUGUUUCAAAUCAUCUUCAUAUACUUUAUUUUUCCGUCCUUCUACAAUGUAUGUAAAUUUUAUAUGAAUUUAUAAUUAUGAACAUAGUUCUAUAAUAAAAGUGUCUUAUA